GAAAAGAAGUUCAUCGUUCCUGUGUGUUUACAUUGAAUGUGAACAUGCUUUCUUUGGCUCUGGCUACUACUAACCUUAACCCUGAGAGCCAAACGUGCUUUGUGCCCUUUGUUCCUACAGCACUGAAUGAACUGGUUUGGCAGCAUAACUGUUGAAACAUGUACAGUGAGCUAGCUAGAUGUAACUCCACCUGUAGCCUAAAGACACCACUCCCUUCGUCUUUUUUAUCGCCUCCCAGGUUACUGUCACUCACUCUCACGCACCAUCAAGGUGAUUUUGACAUUAGAUUUCUCUUUUCAUACUGAGUGGUAGCUUCUUACAGCCACUGUGUGUUUGAGUCUGAGGUCUGGUGCUCACAGUUGGACAAUGUCAUGCUGGCUGGAUCAUGUGGAAGGCAGCUCUUGUUUUGUACCAGCUCUUAGCAAUGGGUCAGCAGCUCUGGGCUCAAGAUGAUGUCACAGCUGGUCCCAUCAUUCCUCAGGACUGCAGUCUGGACUGUAUACGAAAGGGAGGCCCUGGGUGUGAAUACUGCAGAAUCACCAGAGCGGAUGUCAACAGGCAUCUGGGUUUAAACUCAAUGGGAGUGUUUGGAAGUUGUAUUCCAUGGCCAUGUUUUGAAUUGCUAGGAGAAGAAGACCCUAAAAUCUGUCAGCACUAUGUCCAAGCACCAAAUGAUGUCAAUAUUGAGUUUGUACAUGAGCCAAACCCCAAAUCCGACACCAUUGUUGUCUCCUGGAAGCCUAGCUAUUAUGGGAUCACCUUUCUGCGAGGCUUUCAGGUGUCCCUGCAGGCUUUGGGAGGGUCUGAUGUUGCCUGUCAGCUCUUUCUCUUCCACCGAAACCUCUCCCUUUCGGCUUCGCAUGCUCAAAGGGUGUACAAGUCAGACCCUUUCCCUGGCCUCUCCCUUGGGUCCCAGUAUGCGGUCACCGUAAUGGCUCUACCAGUACCUGAAGAGUGGGAGAGGUUCUACCACAGCAAGAUCUUCUCCACACGCUCAUGCGCAGAGAAGAAUGGUCUUGAGGAGUGUAAAAAAGACUGGUAUCCCAAACAUAUUGAGGUCCAGCAGGAAGGGACUGCCAUCACUGUGACCUUUAACCUGGCUCCCCCUAACCUGGGCAUCAGAAGCUACUUCUCAAUGUGUUAUGCAAACGGCGAAAAUAAAUACACAGACAUAACACCUAAUUCCAACAAAAACAAAACUCACCACAGCUAUCAGUUAAAUGACCUUCAAGAAGGAACCAAUUACACUUGUGAGAUUGCCGCUAACGAAGUGGAUGCAGUGAGGAAAACAUUCAAUGUUAAGGUCAUGCACAUUCAGAAAGAAGGUGGCUCCUCACGCUCUGUCACUCCCUCCUUGACUCUGAUGGUUCCACUGUGCCUGGCCAUGGUAGUCAUAUUUGCAGUCUUACUGGCUGCCCUCACCAGGAGGAGGCCCAAGCUGCAGAUGGAGAAGCCUGACGUUAAAUCAGAUAUUAUCGAGCAGCAUCAAGAUAGCAGGAUUCAGGAGGAAUUGAUGGCAUUUCCCAGAAACAGGCUGACCCCUCCUCGUCUUCUGAUUUGCUACAGCAGCUAUGAUGGCCCCAGUCAUGUCAAAGCUGUCAUGCAGUUAGGGGCCUUCAUUCAAGAGCACAUGGCCACUCGGGUGUGCUUGGACCUGUGGGACUCUCUGAGGGUGGCUGAGGAGGGCAGUAUGGCCUGGCACUGCCGUCAGAUCCGGGAGAGCGACUUCAUUUUGGUGAUCUGUUCUUCAGGCUUCAACCACAGACCUAAGUCUCCAGAGCCAGAGAGUGAUAAUAAAGAUGAGGAGGCAGAUAGAGGGUUGGACAUUAGGUACAAUGCCUUCAGCUCUGAUGUAGCUGUCCAACUUGUGGGAGAGGAGGUGGGACGAGCCAAAGCGAGGGGGCAGGACCUGUCCAAAUACAUGGCGGCCAUUUUUGAAUACUCUGAGGAAAGUGACAUUCCCACUGAGCUGAGGCUGGUCUCUCACUACAUGCUGACAAGUGAUUUACCGCUGCUCUUCUCCCACCUCCAUGGAAUAGCUCUGCACAGGCCAGGCGGUUACCUGAAGGUCAACCACAUCUCAGAGGAAGCCUUCACUAAGUUACCAGCCGGAGCAGAUUUGCAGUGGGCUAUCUAUGAGGCUGGGAUAGCAAAGAGGGCAAAAAGGCAUCACUCUGUGGAAGGAGAGGACUAUACACUAAAAAAGGAAUCCAUAUGCCUGCGUGGUGGCCCUCAACCCAAUAAAAGUGAAAGGAUGGCCUGAGGAUUGACAUUCAUGUUAGCCACAAACUUGAUAGUUCCAUUCUGGAUCUGGCCAGACAGGAGGAGCUGUGAGCUCACAGCUGCAUAGUGAUCGGUACAUCUACAGUCCAACCAACCACCUCUCCCUCAGUUCUAGCACACCGUUUUAUUGCCAACAUAGUUAGUUUAUCAUCUUUAUUGUUGGGGGAUUUAUUUAAUUUAAUUUAAUUGCUAUACCAUUUGAAUUGCCUGAUUUCAUUUGCC